AUGAGCGUGGAAAAAAUAAGUUUAAAUUCGUUAAGAACGUUUUUGUUCUUCAUUUUCGGAGGUGCGGGUUGUUGGCUUCCGUUUGUUUCCUUACAUUUAAAAUCGACGGGUUUGACGACGGAUGAAAUCCGUUUAAUCUCAUACGUGUCACCCCUUUUCGCAACGUUGGGCCCCAUAUUUGUGGGCCCUCUGAUCGAUUACCUGUCGAAGAGAAAGAAAAACGAUGGGGGGAAAAGAUCGUCAUCGAAAAGCGAUAGGAACGCAUACGUUCGAACCGUUUUGUCCAUAACAAUACUUUUAUCCGCUGUUUUUUAUUGUCUUUUAUUAUCGGUGUCGAACGUUGACAAAUCAAACGUUCGAGAACAGGAAGCUUCGUUUGUUUGUAACGAAAACGGAGCCGUUCUCGUUCAAGAAAAAUGUAAUCAAUUAAAUUGUUUUCAAUAUAAGAGUGACUACCAUGAUGGAAUGGCGACGCUUUCGAAUUGUAAAUUCGAUUGCGAUUUACCAAUCAAUUACGGAUAUUUGGAUAAACCUCCCGAAUCGGGCGACAUAGAAGAAAAUAAAAACGGUAUCGUGACGACUACAAAAGUUCCUGCCACGACAACGCAAAGAAUCACUUCCCGUCCUCGAAGCAUUAGACCGGAAAUAGAUAUUUCUAAUUUGGAUGAUUUUUUCGGAUCCGAACCUAACGACGAUUACGACGAUGAUGGAAGCGGCGAAGAUUCCGAAUUUCAUUGGAAUAAAAAAUCUCGGCAGAAAAGAGACAGUUUUGGAAAUUCGGGAUUUUCACUCGAAGAAUCUCCGCAUAUUUGCUACGAUAGGUUAACCGGAAGUAAAAGCUCUCGUACCUGUUAUGUGUUCACACCCGAUAGCGCUGCUUUCAAUGUUAGCGUUCGCGUUAAAUCUUUUCACGAAGAUAAUCAAUAUUGUAAUUAUCCGUUAGGAUCAAAUUUCACUUGUAGAAUUCCUCCGGGAUUGGAUAAACCGAAAGAUAUGUGCAAAGUCGUUUGUAAUUUAGAAAAACUUUAUUCAUCCCAAGGGAUUUUGCCGCAAUCCCAAUGCGAUCAAUCUCUUAACGAUCCGACAAUGACGUUUUGGACUUAUUUAACGUUCAGAACGUUUGGUGAUUUAUUUUUUGCCGCUUCCGUUUCCGUAUUGUUCGGAGCGACUAUUAUGGCAGCCGGUGAAGAAGCCGGAAGAGAAUUUAUUCUUCCGUCUUUGUCGUACGGUUUGUUCGCCACGAUCAUCGGUUAUUUAUAUUCUGAUGAUAUGAGUCCUAUUUUUUCUGAAAAUAUACCAAAUUUUUUCUUGGGAAUUGUCGGAUAUGGUAUAUUUACGGUUUUCGCUCUUUUGGUUUUGAUUUUUGCCACGAAUAUGUGUAUCGAACCUCCAGACUGGUGGAAAAAUAAUAAAAAUGCACAAAUCCGUCGUCAUAGAUCUGAGUUUUAUGCAAUUUUAUUAGUUUUGCUUCUGCUUGGAAUGUUGUGGGGUCCAAUUUAUUUUCACGUGCCUUGGCACUUGACUGCCGAAAGCGGUUUGGAAUUGUACGUCGGAUGUGCUGCUGCCACGGGAGCACUUUUGUCGGUACCUUUUGUUUGGAAAGCUUUUAAAAUCGUAGACUACUGCGGAUUUUCAAAUAUUCUCAUCGGAGCAUUUACGAUUUACAUUCUACGAUACACGGGAUUGCUUUUCAUCGAUUAUCCGUGGGUCCUUUGCGGAAUCAACGGUUUUGAAGUCAUUACAUUAUGUCUCAUGCUUUUUUCUGCCGUUUUUUACAUUCGACAUCUCGUUCCGAAAAGUUUAACGUUCACCUCUCUAGCUUUUGCCGUCGCUUUUCAUUUUUGUCUCGGCGGAGGUUUAGGGUGCUUAGUCAGCUCAUUUCUAUCACCGACAGACUACGAACUCGAAACGAAUUAUCAAAACGUGACAAAAUCCGAUUUUUCAUUUACCGACGGCGACGAAUUCAAAGGUCCUUAUCAUUUAGUUUAUUGCUCUUACGGUUAUAUUGAAAAUGGCAGAAAAUCUUCUCCAGAAAGAAUUUUUCAAACGGUAGUUUCCAGUUUCGCUGGACGUGACAUAACAUAA